GUAUUUAAUAAUUUAACAGCAUCAUUUUAGCUUUAUAUGCAACUCAUUCCAACUCAUUCAUUGACAAUCGUUAACCUUAAUAGUUAUCAGUGUUCAUUAUACUACGUACAUUUAAUUUUUAUCGUUCAACAAUAAAUUGAUACAUCUUUAAUCAUGGCUGAAAAGGAAUUUGAUUUCACUGUAUUUGGUGCUACUGGAUACACUGGUAAAUAUGUUUUCCGUAAUUUGCUUGGAUGGGAAGAUAUUGAAAAGAAGCCGAGAAAAAUUGCCAUUGCAGGAAGAAACAAGGAUAAGUUGGAAUCGCUUUUAAAGGAAACUGCCCUCCAGUUAGAUAGGAAUCUCGAUUCAAUAGGUGUCAUCAUCGCUGAGGUAAAUGAUGAAGAAAGCCUGUUGUCAAUGUGUGAACGCUCAAAGGUGAUACUAAAUGUUUGUGGACCUUACAUAUUAUAUGGCGAACAAGUAGUCAGAGCAUGCAUUCAGAAAAAAGCUCAUAUGGUUGAUAUUUCUGGCGAACCUCAAUAUCUUGAGGACAUGCAAUUUAAAUAUCACGAGGCAGCCAAAAAAGCCGGCGUUUACAUAGUUGGUGCCUGUGGAUAUGAUGCCAUUCCUUCAGAUGUUGGUACCGAUGUAUUGAAACAAAAAUUUACUCCUGGUAGAUUGAACCAAGUGGAUGCUUUUGUAAAUGGAAAAUUUGGAAGUGCUGGUGUUACCAUCAAUAUCGGAACUUUACACUCACUUGCACAAGCCUUUGGAGAGUUUAAUCAAAUGCUGAAGAUCAGGGAAGGUUAUGUUAAGGGAAUGUUUAAAAAGAAUUUACCGGAAAGCCGUUAUCCUGCUAAAAUCAGAUAUUUACCGUGGUGGGAUGAUGAAGUUAAUGGUUGGUGUUUACCUGUGCCUAUUGGUGAUCGUGAUAUUGUUAAAAAUAGCCAAAGAUGGUUCCACGAGUACAAUGAUGAAAAACCAGUUCAAUUUGAGGAAUAUAUUGUUGUGCCGAAACUGUAUCAUGCACUUUUCCUAGCUCUCGGCAUGUUUUACUUAACAAUACUCAUAUAUUUCAAUUUUACCAGAAAAUUACUCAUUAAGCAUCCCAAAAUAUUCACAGCUGGUUUCUUCUCAAAAAGUGGUCCCACUCGAAAGCAAUUGGAGGAAACUUCAUUUACCUUUACAUGUGUUGGAAAGGGAUGGUCUGAGCCUCUGAAUGAAGGUGAUACCGAUUACAAGAGUCCACCCAAUAAGAUUAUUAAAUGUCGUAUUUCUGGACCAGAUCCUGGCUACGAGACAACUUCGAGAUGUCUUAUCCAAUCUGGAUUAAGCAUUCUGGAUGAAGGUGAUAAAAUGCCUUUCGAUGGUGGUUGUAUUACUCCUGCAUUUGCUUUUAGAGGCACUACGAUUCGAGAGAGACUUACUCGUCACAACGUUACAUUCGAAAUUAUUGAGUAAAAAGCUCAAGCUAUUCAUAAUUCAGCUAAAUGUGAUUAAUAGAUCUAUGCAAGCUUUCAGGUCAAUCAAUAUAAUUGAAAAUUUUUCAGUCAAAUAGCGUUUCUAACGUUCUCAACCCUUGGAUUCGACCCUUCGAUAUACUCUUAAUCAGAUUGCUAUCACUGCUUCUUAUUGCAUCUGUAAUCAUCUACAAUCUAAAAUGUUAUCAAAAGACUCUUCACAAUUAACCAUUUUAAUAAUGUUGGCAAAAUGUAACAGAUGUCUUGUCACACUCAGUUAUCUGAUUGAUUCCAUAAUUUUUAUGAAAAUGUUAUUUUAAAUUGUUUCCAGUCAUAUGACCUGAUUUUGGAUUUUUUUGGUAUUCCUUUAAUUUUUUCAUUCCCAAACUAAUUGUUAUGUUUACUGAUUUUUUGUUUUUUCACGUUAUUCAAUUAAUCAGAUUAUUACUUUUAUUAAAACUCUUUAAUCUAUUUUAA